AGGGGGAGGCGCUCUAACUUCUGUCCCAACCAACCGCGGCUCUGGGCCAGCCACGGAUGGGCCCAUAUCCGAUCUGGCCGAUCUGGGUCCAGAGCCGUGAUCGAGUUGCAUCACUGAUGCUCUGGACCGGGGCUGUGGACCUUGAGUCAAGACAUGUCAGAGAAUGCUAGCGAAAUAUUCUAUCUAGAUGUCACGUACAAUCUUGCCCCCCUUCCACUGAUGCUACCCCAUGAACUUGGGGUGUAUAAGUCCUGCAGGUUUCGAUAACACAGCGCGUCGGAUAACCCCUAUGCUUUGGCUUAGUGCCCUGCUCCUGCUCACGAGGGAGUGGAUCCACCGCACACAGGGCGCUCGAGGUGGUCAACGAUGACGACAUCUAUCGACUCGGACUCAGACUCUCACUCAACUUCGUCAGAGGCAGCCCGUGAGCGCGAGACUUUCAAAUACGAUGCGCUUGAGAUCUCAACCGCUGCGUUCCGCAACCCUGAAAGCGCAAAGCCGAUUCCGUCCGCCGUCCUAUCAUCGACUCCUGAUCCUGGGCUUACUGCGUUUGCGCAGCUCGGACUGUACCGACUGGGGGGGUCGCGUGCACUGGUCUCGCUGUUUGACCGCAAGAGCCAGCAUAUCGUCGCCGAGGCCGUCCGGGCGACCCCAUUGAACCUGAACGAAGACCAGCUAGGCCAGCUCUGGCUCUGCGGAACCGCGGUCCCUCGAACGACCAGCAUCUGCGAACACGUUCUUGCCGGACCCGCGUCUUCUCUCACCAUUCCGGGCAACGACACCGGAGACACCCCAAGCGAUUUGCCCGUGUCGGUUGUGCUGAAUCUGGACGAGGAUGCCAGGUUUUGCGAUGUGCAAGACACGGCCAAGCGGUUCUACAUCGGCGUGCCCAUCCGGUCUCCCGCGGGAAUCAACAUCGGCGUCUACUGUGUCUUCGAUGACAAGCCACGGCAAUAUGUGUCGGCCGAGGAGAUCCAGUUCAUCCGGGACGUAUCCGUCACCGUAAUGAGCUACCUGGAGGCCAAGAGAUCGCACGAAUGUUACCGGAGAGAGGAGCGUAUGGUUCGCGGCCUCGGGAGCUUUGUUGAAGGCAAGGCUAUGCUGUCGAACUGGUCGCAGGCAUCGAAUCCCUCGUCAUUCAAAGACGUCCCGGGAGUGCACGAAGGGCAUCUCAACAAAAGGCUGCGGGGCGAGUCCACGGAUGGGGAAUUACCAUCGCGCGAAGUGGUCAAGUCACCAGUUCGCGACACUUUUUCGGCUCCCACGCGGACCCGAAGUGUUAGAAGGAAGAAGACCGACCCCUCUCUUCCUAGAACGGGGAGCCGGUUCUCUCCUGCGGACGUCCUGCAAGCUGAGCUUGAGAGUGUCUUCUCCAAGGCAUCCAACAUUAUCCGCGAAUCCAUCGAAGUUGAAGGGGUGGCGUAUCUCGAUGCGAGCAUCAAGACCUUUGGCGGCUUGGUCGGCCAGGAACUGCCGUCGCAACCCGUGCUCGGCAAAGCCGCCUCGGAUCUCGAAUCCAGCGGCGACGACGAGAUCCCAUCCGAGCGGUCCGAAGACGGAGCCGAACAAGCCGCCGCAGAGACGACUUGCUGCAAGGUCCUGGGGUACUCGACAUCCCAGAGCUCGUCCGUCAACGGGGACCGGCCAGGUUCGGCCCUGGCCACGUUCCCCGAACGCUUUCUCCAUUACCUGUUGCAACGGCAUCCACACGGCAAGAUAUAUAACAUGGACGCUCGCUCUGCAGACCGUGUAUCCGACCAUACUCUGCCCUGGUCGUGUUCAUCGAGGAGGAAGCGGAGCGAAACCGAGGUGAUUACCAACCACCUCAUCUCCGCUAUCACUAGUGCUACUAGUAGUAAUACUACCAACGGGAUUUCGAAUGAUACCAAUAAGACCGAGAAGCCGCUCAAGGUUCACCCGACCAUCACCGCUAUCCUCGCGCGCAUGUUUCCUGGCGCCAGGAGCGUGGCAUUUGUGCCGCUCUGGGACCCUCAACGGAACCGCUGGUUUGCCGGCAGCUUUGUCUGGACGUGCACGCCGACGCGAAUCUUCACGGCCGAGAACGAACUCAGCUACCUGAAAGCGUUUGGCCUGACCAUCAUGGCCGAAGUCACAAGGCUGCACAUCAAGGCGGCUGACAAGACCAAGAUGGACGUUCUGGGCGCCAUCAGCCAUGAGCUGAGGUCCCCGCUCCAUGCUGUCGUGGGCGCUGCCGAGCUUUUACGGCAGACGAGUCUGGACGGGUCCCAGGAGGGGAUUUUGCGUACGAUCCAGAUAUCGAGCACAACGCUUCUCGACACCAUUGACCAUCUGCUUGACUACGGCAAGAUGAACCCGCUACUCAAAACCGCUGGGCUGGAGAGGAGUAAUUCAGGACGGCUCCGGCUUCGGCAGGACCCGGUUACUACUGUUUCCGAACCGCUGCUUAACGUGCCGCCUGUACAGCUCGAUCUACUGGCGGAGGAGGUCGUGGAGAGCGUUCUCGCAGGCUUCGGGUACAUGCAUAGCAGUCCGGGUAUGUCCGAUACCCCGGACGCCACCACUCCUCCCACCGAGUACAUACUACCCGGCCGAGAUACGAGCGGCAAAUCCCAUGGAGUCCAAGUACUCUUUGACAUCGAGCCGGCUCAGUCCUGGUCGUACCGCAUACAUCCCGGUGCAUUCCGCCGGAUCAUCAUGAACCUGUUUGGAAACGCUCUCAAGUUCACCAAGGCAGGCUUCAUCAAGGUUCAUCUGAAGCAGGAGACCCCAACGGAAGGAAGGUCGGCCGGGGAUACGCAUCCAUUACAACAAGAUGCCGGAUUUGGCAAGAUCGUGUUGACCGUUUCCGACACUGGUAGGGGAAUCAGCGAGGAAUACCUGCGCAACCAACUCUAUACGCCCUUUGCGCAGGAGGACCAGUUUGCCCCGGGUACGGGACUUGGGCUCAGUCUCGUGCGGCAGCUCGUGACAACACUAGGGGGCGAAAUCCAUGUCACCAGCCAGGUCGGAUGCGGCACGUCUGUCAACGUCAUUCUGCCGCUCCCUGCUGGCCCAGGGACGAGCAGCGAGCAGGAGGGCGAUUUCAAAGAAUUCGCACAAGAGCUGGCUGCGUCGCGGGUUUUGCUUCGUGGCUGUGGUAGGAAACCCUCAGCGACGGAGUCCCCAGGCCCUGACAAGCAGAAUGGAGCGAACGACCAGCAAGUCAAAAUGCAGCUCGACCUCAUCAAGAGCAUCUGCGCAGGGUGGCUUGGGAUGCAGGUCGUGUCUCAAGACUUGCAGGCAGAUGGGCCACCCCCGGACUUUGUCGUCUCGACCGGCGAGUGCCCGCGCGAUUCAGACGCUGGUGGCGGUGCGCUGGAGCCAUGUCCCCAUGUUCGCGUCUGUCAAUGCCCCGGAGCAGGCAAAUUCUCUACGGCACAGCGUCAAAGUGGCCUAGCGUCGGCUUUCGAGCGUAUUUCGCAGCCUCUAGGGCCUCGGAAGCUCGCCAAGGCGCUGCUUGAUAGCCGGCAACGAUGGAAGGACGCGCAGGCUCGUCCGCCAACGCCGCCGAGCAGUGUAGCGUCUCUUUCCAAAGACAAGUCCGGUGCUACGUCUCCGACGAAGGAGCCUCCACUGCUGCUCAGCACACCAUCGCAGGCGGCGGUGGUGACCACCGUACUGAAAGACGCUGGCAUCAUCGAACAUAGGAGCUCAUCUUUGCCACCGUCACCUCCGGAACCACACCACGCGACAGACACCGAAGUCCAGCCACGGAACACCGACACACUAUCCAUCAGGCCCACACCUGUCCCUAUUCAGCAUCACCCUCCACCUACGCCUACUAGCCCAGUCAGUGACGGGCAUGCGAAUAUCCCUCGAUCAGUCCUCAUAGUCGAUGACAACCCGAUCAACAGAAAGAUCCUAGCCGCAUACAUGAAGCGAAUCUCCCUGCCCCACAGCACGGCCGCGGACGGGCUCGAGGCGCUGGAGAUGUACAAGGCUGCCCCGGGGAAGUACAGCUGCCUGCUGACGGACGUGUCGAUGCCGGUCAUGGACGGCAUCGAGUCCUCGCGGCGGGUGCGCGAGUUUGAGCGGGCGCGGGCGCGGGCGGGCCAGCUGGCGCCGUGCAAGAUCAUCGCCAUCACGGGCCUGAGCGGCGCCAACGUGCAGCAGGACGCGUUUGCGAGCGGCGUGGACCUGUUCCUGACGCGGCCCGUCACGCUGAAGCAUAUCGUUGCUGCGUUGGAGGAGCUUGGGGUGAGGUAG